AUGUAUCGACCUGGUGGGUUCCAUCCAGUCAACUUAGGCGACGCCUUCAAAAAUGGACAGUACCGAGUCAUCCGGAAACUAGGCUACGGUUCAUUUUCAACUGUGUGGCUGGCAAGAGAUACAGUGAACUCACGCUAUGUGGCUUUCAAGGUCAUGGAUGCCAAGUCAUCGCUCAACGCCGCCACUGAGCUCUCGAUACUAGACAGAAUCAGCGAAUGCCGCUUGGAAGACCCGCUGGCCCAGUACAUCCUGACAACUCUGGAUACGUUCCAUCACUCGGGACCCAAUGGCACGCAUCUAUGCCUAGUUUCAGAGCCCAUGGGCCCGUCUGUCGCCUCUUUGGCUGAAGAACUCACACCUUUGGAAGAGUGGAAAGUGAACAUCAGCUACCCAACGCCCAUGGCCAAACGGAUUCUGCGACAUGUGUUGCGGGGGCUUAAGGUUUUGCACGCUAAUGGCAUUGUCCAUGCUGAUUUGCAGCCGGGGAAUCUCCUCGUUGCCAUUUCAAAUAUUGAUCAAUUGAGCGAAGAGGUUUUACAACAAGAUGUGUCGGGCCACGGAAGGAACCCAGCACCUGAGGCCGUACAACGAAUUGAUGGGCUAGAGGAUGAAUGGGCUCCUCGAUACCUAUUUCUGGGUCAGUCGCUUGUCCAAUACGCCAAACUUGGGCAAGAACUGCAAGUUAAGAUUUCAGAUUUUGGCGCGGUUCAAGCGUUCUGGUCUCGAGCACCUCCCAGUACAACCGUUACACCCCUUGCUCUUAGAUCUCCCGAACUGAUUCUGGGUGGAAAGAUCGGUUCAAGUAUCGACAUCUGGAGUUUCGGCUGCCUGAUCUUUGAACUACUGACCGGAGUUUCGUUAUUUUCUGUUGUGGUGUAUUUCGAAGACGACCGAGAGUCCACCGACGAUGAGCAUAUACUCCAGAUGAACGACAUCCUAGAGCCGCUUCCGGAUGUCUGGCUUCAAAAAACGUGGACGCGAGCGGGAAAAUAUUUCGGCCCGGGGCGGGAAAGGCUGGGUCCAAUUGCCGAUGGUCAAGACGAGCCGUAUGUCGACGACCCUUUGGAGUUGCGAUUCAAGGAGUAUAGGCCAAAGGAUAUCGACGACGAGGAGGCAGGUAUGAUCACGUCGCUCAUUCGAAGUAUUCUGAGGUAUGAGCCAUCACAGAGACCGACGGCCGAGGAACUCUUGAAGCAUUCUUGGUUUCGUGAAUGA